AUGGGUAAGGACCCCAUCCUGGCAGCGUUCGCGCCGAUCCAACUGAUCGCAGCGGGCGGGUUCGUGGCGGUGUGGUACCUAAAGAGCCGCGCGAGCACGGACGACCUUGACUACCUGCUGGAACCAGAGUGGGCGUACGACGAGGACAUCAAGCGACCCCUACGGCGGGCGAUGGUGACGGUGGCGCGGGCGCUGCGGCUGCACCGGCACUGGAUCAACGAGGACAUGGCGCUGUUCGUGACGCGGCGGGCCCGCGAGCAGCUGUUCCGCCGCGCCGAUGAGCAGGAUAUCGUGUUGUGGCGCGGCAACUAUCUGUGCGUCAAGGCCGUACCCAUGGAGUGGGCGCUGGAGAGCAAGCUGCGCCGCAUCCACCAUGCCGACCGCGGCCACGACUUGGAAGACGCGGUGGCCAUCCUAAAGCACCUGCGUGACCGGCACGGCGGGCCGCUGGACAAGAAGUACAUUGCCGGUAUGAACCUGAACACGUUCGACGUGCUGCCGGAUGAUACGACGAUGAGCCGCGUAGAUGCGGAGUACCGCAAGGCCUACAGCGAGGCGAUAUUCAAGUGA